AACACUGGCUAUUUGAACAGAGAUAAACCCUUGAUUAAAGGGGAAGAGGCAGACAGUUGCAUGUAACUGCUAGAAACUGCCUGGGAGUUUGAGGACAUCCUUCUGAAAUCCUCUCCUUACAAUGACAGGAGGGAGAGCAGAGAAGCAGCCUGAGAAGCAGUGACUGUGCAGCAGUGUUAAUGCAGAGCUGAAGUGUCCAGAGUUGAGCUGCACAACCUGGCUCCAAAAGGCAAAUUCUGUAGAAAAUACCGUUUGUGAUUGGAAACAAGAAUGCUACUUUUAGGAUCCAUCCUGUAAAAACAGGUCUUUUUUGAAUUCUGUAGUUUGUUAAUUGGAUUCAAAUGGAGGUAUGCAGUUUAGGAUCCACAGAUACCCUUUGGAAUGGGCAGAAUUACCUUCCCUCGGAGCUCUGCAUUAAAGCAUCUAUAAGAAUCGCAGAAUUACAGUAUCGUGAGGAUUGGAAGGGACUUCCAUCGAGUCCAACCGCUCUGCUAAAGCAGAUGAGAACUCUCCAGCCAAUUUCUGGGAUUCCAAGAAUCGGGGAGUGACUGGCACGCAAAAAGGACAAAUUGUAUGGCGAAUUGAACCUGGUCCCUAUUUUAUGGAAUCUGAAAUAAAGAUCUGUUUUAAAUACUACCAUGGUGUUAGUGGAGCCCUCCGAGCUACUACUCCAUGUAUCACUGUGAAGAACCCUGCUGUGAUGAUGGGAGUAGAAGGCACGGAUGAAUGUGGAUCUGGAGCCCAGCACUCUCGGAAGUUAGUCAGCUUUACACUAUCAGAUAUUAGAGCAGUUGGACUUAAAAAAGGCAUGUUCUUCAACCCCGAUCCUUAUCUAAAGAUGUCCAUCCAACCAGGCAAAAAAAGUACAUUUCCUACGUUUGCUCAUCAUGGUCAGGAAAGAAGAUCGACUAUCAUCAGUAACACAACUAACCCUGUUUGGCACAGAGAGAAAUAUUCUUUUGUUGCACUUCUAACAGAUGUCCUGGAAAUCGAAGUUAAAGACAAAUUUGCCAAGAGUCGUCCAAUCAUCAAACGCUUUCUUGGGAAGUUAACCAUACCAGUUCAGAGACUGUUGGAGAGACAUGCAAUUGGAGACCAGAUUCUCAGCUAUAAUCUUGGCAGAAGGCUCCCAGCAGAUCAUGUAAGUGGAUAUCUCCAGUUCAAAGUGGAAAUCACAUCUUCUGUUCAUGAAGAUGCUUCACCAGAAACAGUUGGCACUUUGCUAGGAGUGAACUCUGUAAAUGGAGACUUGGGCAGCCCCUCUGAUGAUGAGGACAUGCUAGCAGGACAUCACGAUACAUCCACAGUGUGUUCCAAUGGUCCAGUCCUUGAGGAAUCUUCUGCAGAAACAAUCCAGAGACAUUCUUUAAGGACUAGCACAACACUGGAAACAGAUCCGGAUGAGUUAACCUCUGGUGCUUCAAGAUCGUCACCUGCAAGAGGUCGCCAGGACUCACUGAAUGACUAUCUGGAUGCAAUAGAACACAAUAAUCAUCCCAGACCUGGGAUGUCUGCCUGUGGCGAGCGUCCACGUGGAGCCUCACCAAAACUGAGGAGCAGCUUCCCUACUGACACAAGACUUAAUGCAAUGCUUCACAUUGACUCAGAUGAGGAAGAGCAUGAGCUACAUCAAGACCUGGGUUUCCCAUCUUCUUUGGAAGAUGAUGGUGGCUUAGUAAUGCUUAAUGGUGCUACAAGAAAUGUUGAAAUAAAUGGUUUAAGUUACUCAUCAGAUCAGGUAACACAAGGGCCUCCAGAGAAUGAAAAUGUUUCAGCCUCUGAAGCUCCUUUGCCCUCAACUGAUGACCAGCCAGAGGGUCUCCCAGAGCUUCCACCAUCAGAGUUAGUAGAAGGUGAAACCCUGCAAGGUUCUCAAAGUGAAACACCGACAGACCAGGCUGGCAGUGACUCGUGUGCUGUGCAGGAGGCAGAGCAGCCUGCUAGUAGUACAGAUGCCGGAGCUGCCGAUGCUGCUGCUCGGAGCAGAAGGGGUGUUAGUGAAACAGAAUCUAUUGAUCAAGGGUCUGAACCUUCCCAGCUGUCAUCAGAAACUGAGCAGAGUGAUCCUGCUCGCACAGAAAGUGUCAGUGAGGCUAGUACCCGGCAGGAAGGGGAGAGUGAUGUGGAAGGGGCAGACAGCUCUUGCAAUGAAAGUGCAACUGUGCGGCGUUCCUCAGUUGAAAUGCGCUGUUCUUUUGAAAGUGCCAGGUUUCCUGAGACUCCAGCCUUUUCUUCUCAGGAAGAGGAAGAGGGAGCUUGUGCCACUGAUGCGGCCACGACUGAGCCAGUUGCUGAAACACAGGACUCUGCAAGCACUUCUGGUUCUUUGCCUGCAGUACAGUUACCUCAGGAGGAAGUACAGGAGGCUGAGGCAGGUGAAUUACAAGACCAAGAGGAUGCAGAAGAAAUCUGGCGAAGAAGAAGCCUGCAGGCAGCAGCUGCCAGUAGCCAGUCUCAGGAGGAAGAAACAGAAGGAGCCCAAGCAGCAUGUGAGGGUGCCACAGCAGAGGUUGAAGGAGCUACUGGAGGUGCUCAAGCCAAUGGCCAUCAGCCCUUGAGGUCACUGCCUUCAGUACGUCAGGAUGUUAGCCGGUACCAGCGAGUGGACGAGGCUCUACCACCAAACUGGGAGGCUCGAAUUGACAGCCAUGGACGGAUAUUUUAUGUUGACCAUGUGAACAGGACAACAACUUGGCAGCGACCCACAGCCCCUCCAGCCCCACAGAUUCUCCAGAGAUCAAAUUCCAUACAGCAAAUGGAACAGCUGAAUCGCCGGUAUCAGAGCAUCCGCCGAACAAUGACUAGCGACAGGCCUGAAGAGCAUGCAAGUGCAGUGGAUGGAGCUGGAGAGGAGACUGACUUUCACCAUUCUAAUACAGAUUUUCGAAGAGAGAAUGUGCUGCCUCACUCUACCUCCAGAUCCAGACUUACUUUGUUGCUCCAGUCUCCCCCUGUGAAAUUUCUUAUCAGCCCAGAGUUCUUUACAGUGCUGCAUUCUAACCCUAGUGCCUACCGCAUGUUUACAAAUAACACGUGUUUGAAGCACAUGAUCACCAAAGUCCGUCGGGACACCCACCAUUUUGAGCGCUACCAGCAUAAUCGGGAUUUGGUGGGCUUCCUAAACAUGUUUGCUAACAAACAGCUGGAGCUGCCAAGAGGUUGGGAAAUGAAACAUGACCAUCAGGGCAAGGCUUUCUUCGUUGACCACAAUUCCCGCACGACCACGUUCAUUGACCCUCGGCUUCCCUUGCAGAGCAGCAGGCCCACCAGUGCUUUAGUCCAUCGGCAGCACUUAACUAGGCAACGCAGUCACAGUGCUGGUGAGGUUGGAGAGGACUCUCGUCAUGCAGGACCACCAGUUCUACCAAGACCGUCUAGCACAUUUAAUACAGUCAGCAGAGCUCAGUACCAGGAUGUGGUUCCAGUGGCUUACAAUGACAAGAUUGUUGCAUUUUUGCGGCAGCCUAACAUCUUUGAAAUUCUACAAGAGCGUCAACCAGAUCUUACCAGGAAUCAUUCACUCAGGGAGAAGAUCCAGUUCAUCCGGACAGAGGGAACGCCUGGCUUGGUGCGUUUGUCCAGUGAUGCAGACCUUGUCAUGUUACUCAGCUUGUUCGAAGAGGAGAUAAUGUCAUACGUGCCGCCACAUGCCUUACUUCAUCCUAGUUAUUGCCAGUCCCCAAGAGGUUCACCAGUGUCCUCACCCCAGAACUCUCCAGGUACUCAGCGUGCCAAUGCCCGAGCUCCAGCUCCUUACAAAAGAGAUUUUGAAGCUAAGCUGAGAAACUUUUACAGGAAGUUGGAGACUAAAGGAUAUGGACAAGGCCCAGGGAAAUUGAAAUUAAUAAUCAGGAGAGAUCACUUGCUUGAAGAUGCCUUUAAUCAGAUUAUGGGUUACUCAAGAAAAGACCUGCAGAGAAAUAAACUGUAUGUCACAUUUGUUGGGGAAGAAGGGUUGGACUACAGUGGGCCUUCAAGGGAAUUUUUUUUCCUGGUGUCUAGAGAGCUCUUCAAUCCUUAUUAUGGUUUAUUUGAAUAUUCAGCCAACGAUACCUAUACAGUACAAAUAAGUCCCAUGUCUGCUUUUGUAGACAAUCACCAUGAGUGGUUCAGGUUUAGUGGUCGAAUCCUUGGUCUUGCUCUGAUACACCAAUAUUUGCUAGAUGCCUUCUUUACACGACCCUUUUAUAAAGCCCUCCUCCGAAUACUCUGUGAUUUGAGUGACCUGGAAUAUCUUGAUGAGGAGUUUCACCAAAGUUUGCAGUGGAUGAAAGACAAUGAUAUACAUGAUAUCCUGGAUCUCACAUUUACUGUAAAUGAAGAAGUUUUUGGGCAGAUCACAGAACGGGAAUUAAAGCCAGGGGGUGCCAAUAUUCCAGUCACAGAAAAAAACAAGAAAGAAUAUAUAGAAAGAAUGGUAAAAUGGAGAAUUGAGAGAGGAGUUGUACAACAGACAGAAAGUCUAGUUCGUGGUUUCUAUGAGGUGGUUGAUGCAAGGCUUGUGUCUGUAUUUGAUGCAAGAGAACUGGAACUGGUUAUAGCUGGAACAGCAGAAAUUGACUUGAGUGACUGGAGAAAUAAUACAGAAUAUAGAGGAGGUUAUCAUGAUAAUCACAUUGUAAUUCGGUGGUUCUGGGCUGCUGUGGAAAGAUUCAACAAUGAACAACGACUAAGACUUUUGCAGUUUGUUACAGGCACAUCCAGCAUACCUUACGAAGGGUUUGCCUCUCUAAGGGGAAGCAAUGGGCCAAGAAGAUUCUGUGUAGAGAAGUGGGGGAAGAUCACUGCCCUUCCAAGGGCUCACACUUGUUUCAAUCGUCUGGACCUUCCCCCUUAUCCAUCAUUCUCUAUGCUGUAUGAAAAACUGUUGACGGCAGUAGAAGAGACAAGUACGUUUGGACUUGAGUGAUACACAAACCACAGUGCCCAGCUCUUUGAACUUUUGUGGAUCUGACUUCUCAAAGAAUGAAUGAACAUUUAUAUUGGAUUUCGGAUUGCCAUUCCGAUAAUGAGGUUCCAUGAAAGAGUUUAUGAAGCAAUUAAAAAGCAUUGUGAUAGUGGCAGAAUUCUUUACAGUGAAUCUGGAGUGUGCCUGAAGUGCAGGGAAAACCAAAUCUUGCAAUCCACGCUUUUUCAGGAUGGUGAAACUUCCUAUGCUUAUGUUGUGAGCAAACAAGAAAUGUGUGAUCCCAUGUUGUGAUCAGCUUGGCUACUGCAAAAUUGACAUGUACCUGAAAACUGGAUUUCACCAAAGUUGCUGAAUAGAAAAUACAAGUCAAAAUGUGAAAAUUUUCAGGCCCCACCUACGCAGUAAAUCAGUGAAAAAUCAUACAAUAUACUUUUUUUUUUUUAAGAAUAUUCAUGAAGGUACAUUACUUAAUGCCAUGUGUUACAACAGCAUAUCCAGUACUUGAUAAACCUAAGACAAUGAGUGCCUGCAUGGGGUGCCCCAUAGAGUUUAAGUUCCUGGGGCAGAAGUGAAUUGGAAGGAAAGUCAGCAAAGGAUGCAACAACAAUGGCUUGCAUUUAGGAGGUCUGUGAAAAUGUGUUUGCCAGUGGUGUGUAUAACAAAAGAUGAGCUGUUAUAAUGAACUGAAUAACUUAAUGGGACUGAUUUUAUUAUUUAUACUGCAUGGAAACUAUUUUAAGAAGAAACUAGCAAUUUAUCACAGCAUAUCGGGAAAAAAAUCCUAACACAGUGACUUCUGUUUAUUUUUAUAGGUUCAUUAUAUUAUGUUUCUUAGAGCGUAAACAGGAAACAAGCAAACUAAAAUGCUCUUUCUGUUUUUGUCACUUUCCAUGCUUGAACAGACAUUCUGCUAGUGUUUAUUCUUUAAGCACUCUCAAGGGAAAAAAAUGCCUUUUAUUUUUAUAAGAGUAAAAAACUCCCCAAAAUAUUUUGCACUGAAUGUACCAAAGUUGAAGGGACAUUAUGAUCUGACUGACAGCAAACUGCAUCACUAUCAAGUAUCUAUAAAAACACUUAGGAACCAGGCUUUCUUCACAGUGCCAUGUCUCUAGAUAUCAGGACUGUGCACAUAAGUAAUAAUUUUAUAGUACUAUAUGUGAUACUGUAAUAUGCAUUUAUUUAAAAUGCAGCUGGAUCAUUUUUCAUGCAUUGGAUAACUUAAUGCAGUGGAGUUUAAUACAGACAUUUCAUAAGCUCCCCACAACUUUUUAUUUGUACAGCACCACAAAACACUAGCUCAUGUGGAAAUCCACGAGUAACCUACUUUAAGGUGACCUACUGGUUAUAAUGCCACUGGCACAUAUCAGUGAGCUCCCACAAGAUGUAAACUACUCUUAGUCUUGCAUUUCACUGAUAGUUUUCUUUCAUUUUCACUGAUAAAUAGUUUUCUUAUCAAAUGUUAUUUGAAAAGAGUUUUUAUAGCUUAUCAAACACUGCAUGGACACCACUUUCUUUAUGCUUAAUUUUGCUGAAAUACAUGAGGCUUACUUGCAUCUAUUUUUGGUACUUUCCUCCAGAUGGUUUUGUGGAACACUAAUGCAGCUGCACACUCUUUCUUGUACAGCUGCUGCGACACAGUGCAUCCACAUUUUUUAAAUUCCAGGAAGUUGCACUUGGAUACUGGACGACAAGAGCAUGAAUCUAGUUUUGCACUAGCACUCGUGAUAGCGCCGAAGCACAGCACGCUCUGUUUUGUGAGAAAAGUAGCCUCUGAAGUAAACUUAACUUUCCUGUUUUGGAGACUCUUGAAAGAGCAUCUCAGGGAGGUGUCCUGCUUGGUCCUGGGGAAGUGUUUUUCUAUGGAGGUGAACGUCAGUGGAGGUGUUGUCAGCAGAGACUGCCAUUCCACCCUCCAAGUUGGAAAUCUAUGUGCAGCCAGGCAGUAAAGACUGAGGAAACCCUUCAGGCUUCCUGAGCAAACAUUACAUGUGCAAAGGAAAACCCAUUUGCAAAAUCAGAGUGAAAGCCUUUUUUGAUUUCAGGAAUAAUUGAGCUUCUGCAUGACAUUUGGGACUCCAUUACCCAAGUAACAUAGGUUUUCUUGCACUACUUCUGGCUGGCAUGAAAUAGCAAAGCAGAAUCCAAUCAUGUCUCCCUACUUUUAGACAUAUAUUUAUCAAUCUUUGCUAAAAUUGCAUGUCACAGAUGCUAACGUGCAUCUUUUUUCAGAAUACAGAUGAGCAGUAGGCAAAUUGAUUUUUCAUCAUGUCACUCCAGCAUUGCUCAUGUUUCACAUGAUCCAUUCACUGAGUAGCUAAAACUCUGGAACUCAAAGCAGAACACAACUUUUGCUUGGUUGAAGGACUGAAGAAUUUUGAAUUUACAGUACCGUGUUAUCUGUGGUCUAAAAAAGAGAUUUCCCAGGUGGAAACUGUAUCUAGAAGUUUUGAAUCAGAAACUCUUUGGAAUGAAAACUUAUAAUAUUUGGCACAAAGUAAGUUUAUACUAGUCUGCCUUUAAGUUAUGCUUUUGUACAAAUCAAGAACAAUAAAUGCAUCUUGUCAGUUUUUAUUUAAAUAUAUUUUCUGCACACAUUUGUUCUGUAUUUAUACAUACAAAAUCAUCACAAUGAUCCAUUAUUCUGUAAAGAUGUGGCUGGAUCACCAUUGCGGCAGCUGUCAAAAAAAAAAGUCUGGAAUCCAUGUAGCAUUAAGACCCAGAGAGACUGAGGAGAAGCUGCUUCUUGCUCUUUUGCUGCCAGCAUUGCCUGGAGGACUCUCAAAAAAUGUUAUUUGAAAGUGAGAAGUUAGCUGCCCAGGUACAGCUACCCAUGCUGCCUCGAGCACGUGGUCAGCUGUAUGUGAUGAUAUAGGCAAGAAGAGAUUAGUAGGGAAGAUGUAUAGAAAAUGAAGCCUGAGCUCUCUGAGAUCCCCACAUCUCUUGGCUACUGAGUGGAAUAUUCUCCCUUUGGUGUGGGAAGCCAUUUCCAUUGAACACAUCCCAUGUGGAAGCCAACUUUCAUGUCCUCCAGAUGACUACAGCUGGUGACCACGACGAUUUAGCUUAUGCAGCCCUGUGGCAGGCACAAGGAUCCAGAAUGGAGAAAAACGAAAAAGCAUUUCUUGAGAGCCCUGUGUCUCCUCAGAGCUUUUGCACAGUGCUAAGGAGCUUUCCACUUAGGGAGGAAAAAAGCUUGACUUCAAGAAGUAGUCAAAAGAUUCUCUUCAGCUACUGUGUGAUGAAAACUUGUGCGGACUUCAUCUGCAGUUAUCUCCAUCAGACAGGAAGUCUGGCUGGAGAAGCACCCUCAAAAGUUGAAGUUAGGUGCCCAUGCUUCCUGCUUGCUGGAAAGGUGAGCCGUGCACUGCUAGCCAAAAAGCAACUGGCAGGCCCUUGCCUGCUGUGUGGUGCCUAGCACCCCAGGGACCAUGGCAAUCUUCCUCUGGGGUGCACUUGCACCAAGUCUCAGCCCCCAGCAAGCGGAGGUGUUCUUUGUGCGCCUGGUGCUACCUCUCAUCAGCUUGGCCAGAACGCUCCUAAAUACACUGGGAAAGCUCAUAAUCAUUGAACUGGUGCAGUGUGGUGCCUACUGGAGCAAGCAGUUCAGAGUCUGCAAGCCAGAAGUACUUACUGUAGCGGUGCCGGUGUUUUCACACAGCAGGUAGGAGACUGCCGUCAGUUACGUAAGUAGCACCAUCAGCAAGUUGCAGGUUAUCUACUGAAAGUAUUCUUUCGAUCCAAAAUAAAACUCAGUUUAACACAGUCUGCUGAUCAGAAACAAACCUUUUCCUCACCCUGCUUUCCUGCUGUUUUUCCUUGGUAUUCAUCAAAUAUUUGCCCUUUUUUUUUUUUUGCAUUUCAAAUAAUUGUGGUUGUCCAUGUUGUAAACCUAUCAUAAAAAGGUGGUAACGUUGCUUAGAGAGCAUCUAGGGUGAAAUCUAUCUACAUAUACUGCGUCCCCUGUAAUCUUCAGGGAAACUGAAAAUCAAGGCAGCAGCGUGCUGGCAGGACAUCAGACAAAGUUUCUGGCGUGAGAUAAACUCCCAGAGCAGCAGACUGGCAUUUUGCUUAGUUUAAAAUUACAGGAAAGAAAACAGUUUUGAGGCUUCCUAUGUAUUUUUAUUUUUUUAAAGUCUCAACAACAAGAGCUUCCAUCAGAAGCAUUAGCAGCGGUAUCCUCUGGUUGCUAAAUGUAGUCACAGCAGUGUUAACUGCAGAUGUUAACUGAGUUACUCCUGUGUGAACUGCAGAGGUUUUUGGAGACAUCUGCAAGCACACUGUCUGUGGACUGAGGAAAUUAUUCAUAAAAGGGGAAUCUGUGGUAGCUGUGUUUGAAUAACCUGUGUAAGUUUAUUUCCUUUAGCAUAAAGCAAGUUAAUUACUUUCAGUGAUAGAAACUUAUUUGUAUCAAAUUGUACUAGCAGUUACAUUUUUCUUGCCACUGAAUUUUUUGCGGGUGGGAGGGGGAUAAUUUAUUCAUAUUAGCACUAAUGGGAAUUAAUAAGUAUGAUCUCCAGUCAUAAGGUUAUAAACUUAACCUUAAAAGUGUUACUGUUAACCUUGAAGUAAUAAUACUCAACCACUGCUGUCAUUUUCUCUUCUCAUCUCUUCCUCCUCUAGGCAAGUGUAUUGAACUCCAAGCGAAAUUUCAGAGUAAUUGCUCAAACCUGGCGUCUUAAAUUGUUUGCUUUUUGGCUUUACUAUGCAGUCUGAAAGAAGUGCAGAAGUAUUAAGGGUUAACUAGCUCACCCACUGCAAGUAAAAAACCUUCAAAAUUUUAUUAGCGUGAUCACAGUGGCUGCUAUGGGACUCGUCUAGCCUUUUGCUUAAAUAUUUUACAAUAAAAAAGAAUUUAAUGUGUUGAAGUUGAAAUUCCUUGCUUUCAGGAAAAGUAAAUAUACGUUAAGUAAAUAGUGGUUUGAGGGGAGAACUUUCUUGUAAAUCCAGUAAGAGUAGAAGCCUUAUUAUGACCCACUUUUGCUGACUAAUAUGCAAAAUUGUAAAGCAGACCAUAUAAACACACAGUUUUCCCA